AUGUUACCUGGAUCAGGCAAAAUCCCCCGUUUAGUUUGUGCUUUAAUUCAAAUAAUUCCAAUUGGUGGUUGUCUAAAUGUUUUUAGUUUAAUGUUGGUUAUUGGAAUUGACAGAAUGUUGGGGAUAUUUUGCCCUAUUUGGUAUUCAACACGAAGUGACAAAAAUUAUUUAAAAUUAUUAUUUUCACUUUCUUUAUCAUUUCCCUUUAUAUUUUUAUGUUUUGUAAUUCGUUCAUUAAUACAAGACCCUUUUCUACAAAUCCAAUGUUUCUUUCCUGAUUUAGUUGGAAUUGAUGGACAAAAUUUUUUCGACAUGACACAAUUAUUAUUAAUGUUUAUGACUUUGGGAUGUUAUAUUCUUAUGCUAGUUAAAUUAAUUUAUGAUCAGAAGAAAGGAAAAGGUUGUUCAAUACGUAAAUCUAUAUAUAAAACACUUGCUUUAAUUAUGGGAAUACAAAUUGGUGGAUAUAUUUCUACAUUAAUUGUUUAUAAUAUUUUUAAUCAAAUUUCUUCUAAUUUCACUGCAGAACAAUCACAAAUAAUUGGUUGUAUAAUUAAUGUAGCUUCUUCUUUGAGUUCAUCUGUUGAAGUACCGGCUAUUUUUAUUGUUAGUACUGAACAUCGUUUGGCGUUAAAAGAAGAAUUUAAAUGGUUUUUUAAUUUAUUUUCAAAAAAUAAUAAAAAUACUGCAAAAGUAUUUACUUUAACAAAUAAAAAUACAUUAACUGUUAAUACUAAAACAAUUACAAAAACAAAUAAUGGAAUUGCUAAUGUUGGAUAG